GGGAGCCGGAGCCCGAGCCGGAGCAGUGAGCCGGACUGUCGGGGCGCCCGCGGGAGCUCGCCCUGCGCCGGGGCUGGGACCGGCCUGGCGGAGCGCGCCGGCGCCGCGGCCGCAGACAAAGGGCGGCUCGCGCCCGGGCCGCCACGCUCUCGGGCUCUGCCUGGGUAAGUGGCUCCCCUCCGCUGGCUUUCUCCUCCCGCCGCCUGCGCCUCUCGGAGUUCGGCGGGCUCCGGAGAAACGGGGGAGUGCUACGCACAGCAGGAGGGUGGCUGGGCAGUGCAAAGCCCGGAAUCCCCUGAGCAAGCAGUGUUUCAGCUGGCUGGACAGAUCAAAUAACACUUGGGCUGGUUAACAAAAGACGCAAGUGGGAAGGUGUUGGAAGCCAGAGUGUGGAAAUUUACCCAACAUUAUUUCUUUAACAGGGAAGGAGACUUGGUCUGAAAGAUGCCACAUUCCUGCAGCCUCUCUGGGUGCAGUGGAAUACAGUCUUGGGCUAGGUGGCGUGGAUGAGCUGGCCAAAGAGGAUGCUGCCCACAUCCAAAGGCUCCAGAGGAUCCUGGCCUGGCAGCUGAGCUCCCCUGCAUUUGGAACCUCAGGCGUAACUUGGUGUAGAGCUCAUGAAAGGUGCUUGUGUUUCUCCAGCUUGUGUUUCUCCAGCUUUUUUCACCAGUGCUCACCAGACUGGCUCAGGUUUUGGAACCUAAGGUGAGCUGGUAGAAACGGGAGAGGUAGAAAGAAGCCCCUGGAUGCCUCCAGAAUUCAUUGAUGGGAUCCCUGCAUACUGCUUGGAACACACAGAGAGGCUGUGACACAGCUGAGCUUUGGAGCAUCUUAAGGAGCCCAGCUCAGCAAACAACUCUUGCAUUUCAGCCAGAAGGAGCCUCUUGUAACAAAGUAUUCAAAGGGGAGAGUUUCUGCAUCUUUUACUUUGCAGUCCACUAUGGUAGAAAACUUGACAUUCCAUAGAUAAUGAUACUGGGUUUUCUUUCCAAGAUGCCGGAUUUAAAAGAAAUAUGAGCCAUUCUAAGCUUUAAGGAGGGUUCAGGAAACACAGGAAUUAGUAGACAGCCCUCCCAAUGCAGGUUAAGACAACAGCCUGCGCCCCCAACUAGCGCAGCUCAGCGAGCAUGGCCAUAUGCCAUUCUCGUCUCCAGAGAGCUGGUGGCAGUGACCUCACUGGGAGAAAACGCAUCCCUCAGCCGUGGGACUUGACAGAAUGAGGUGUGCGAGGGAGGCCACUAGCCGAGACUUGGCCUUUCCUGACUGCCCCUGUGUUACCUGGGCAGCUCCAGAUCACUGAGCCCACAAUGGCUGAGAAGGGGGACUGCAUCGCCAGUGUCUACGGGUAUGACCUCGGCGGGCGCUUUGUUGACUUCCAACCCCUGGGCUUCGGUGUCAAUGGUUUGGUGCUGUCGGCCGUGGACAGCCGGGCCUGCCGGAAGGUCGCCGUGAAGAAGAUUGCCCUGAGUGACGCCCGCAGCAUGAAGCACGCGCUCCGAGAGAUCAAGAUCAUUCGGCGCCUGGACCAUGACAACAUCGUCAAAGUGUAUGAGGUGCUCGGGCCCAAGGGAACUGACCUGCAGGGUGAGCUGUUCAAGUUCAGCGUGGCCUACAUCGUCCAGGAGUACAUGGAGACCGACCUGGCACGCCUGCUGGAGCAGGGCACGCUGGCAGAAGAGCAUGCCAAGCUGUUCAUGUACCAGCUGCUCCGCGGGCUCAAGUACAUCCACUCCGCCAAUGUGCUGCACAGGGACCUGAAGCCCGCCAACAUCUUCAUCAGCACAGAGGACCUCGUGCUCAAGAUUGGGGAUUUCGGGCUGGCAAGGAUCGUUGAUCAGCAUUACUCCCACAAGGGUUAUCUGUCAGAAGGGUUGGUAACAAAGUGGUACCGUUCCCCACGACUGCUCCUCUCCCCCAAUAACUACACAAAAGCCAUCGACAUGUGGGCCGCCGGCUGCAUCCUGGCUGAGAUGCUUACGGGGAGAAUGCUCUUUGCUGGGGCCCAUGAGCUGGAGCAGAUGCAACUCAUCCUGGAGACCAUCCCUGUAAUCCGGGAGGAAGACAAGGACGAGCUGCUCAGGGUGAUGCCUUCCUUUGUCAGCAGCACCUGGGAGGUGAAGAGGCCUCUGCGCAAGCUGCUCCCCGAAGUGAACAGUGAAGCCAUCGACUUUCUGGAGAAGAUCCUGACCUUUAACCCCAUGGAUCGCCUAACAGCUGAGAUGGGGCUGCAACACCCCUACAUGAGCCCAUACUCGUGCCCUGAGGACGAGCCCACCUCGCAACACCCCUUCCGCAUUGAGGAUGAGAUCGACGACAUCGUGCUGAUGGCCGCUAACCAGAGCCAGCUGUCCAACUGGGACACGUGCAGUUCCAGGUACCCUGUGAGCCUGUCGUCGGACCUGGAGUGGCGGCCCGACCGGUGCCAGGACGCCAGUGAGGUGCAGCGCGACCCGCGCGCGGGUUCGGCGCCACUGGCGGAGGACGUGCAGGUGGACCCGCGCAAGGACUCGCACAGCAGCUCCGAGCGCUUCCUAGAGCAGUCGCACUCGUCCAUGGAGCGCGCCUUCGAGACCGACUACGGGCGCUCCUGCGACUACAAGGUGGGGUCGCCGUCCUACCUGGACAAGCUGCUGUGGCGCGACAACAAGCCGCACCACUACUCGGAGCCCAAGCUCAUCCUGGACCUGUCGCACUGGAAGCAGGCGGCCGGCGCGCCCCCUACGGCCACGGGGCUGGCAGACACGGGGGCGCGCGAGGACGAGCCGGCCAGCCUCUUUCUGGAGAUCGCGCAGUGGGUCAAGAGCACGCAGGGCGGCCCCGAGCACGCUAGCCCGCCCGCCGAAGACCCCGAGCGCCGCUUGUCUGCCUCGCCCCCAGGCCGCCCGGCCCCGGUGGACGGCAGCGCCAGCCCCCAGUUCGACCUGGACGUGUUCAUCUCCCGCGCCCUGAAGCUCUGCACCAAGCCCGAGGACCUGCCGGACAAUAAACUGGGCGACCUCAAUGGUGCGUGCAUCCCCGAGCACCCUGGCGACCUCGUGCAGACCGAGGCCUUCUCCAAAGAAAGGUGGUGAGGGUGGAGGGGCCGCUCCAGGCCCCGCAGAGCAGGAGGCCCCCAGAGAAAGCCGGGGCUGGCAGGAGGCGGCCGCCCUUCCUGCCCCUCUCUGCUGCCUUGGGGUUAGCAGAACACGUGAAGGAUCCGAGGAGCGAGAGGAAUGUCCAUUUCUUAAACUGCCUUAAUAACUAGCCUUUAACCUCUGGGAGCGGGUUUGAACAGGACCCUGGCUUAGGGGUUGAUCACUUUCCCAGCAAAGGGGAGACCACAUGUGGUGCACAGGGAAGAAACGGCCUUAGACAGCAGUCUGCGGGCCCCACCUGGGUGGCAGGAUGCCGAGAAAUCUUGCAGAGGUAGCUCCGAAACCAUAUGGCCCAACUAGCCUCAACUGACAGCUGAGGAAAGGCAAUUAGGCCCAGAGACGCAGAGAUACUCGCUUAAGAUCACAGGCUUAGUGUGAGGACGAGCUUUAAAUCCCAGUCUCCUGGCCCCCAGGCCAGGGUCUGUCCACUAUAGAAUGUCUUCCUCUACUGGGGUCGUUCUGGCUUUUUGCUUAGAAACUUGGUCUGAGAUGUUUCUUCCCUGUCCAUUACCGUUCGAUGUUCUUUUAUUCAGAGCAAUGUUUCUUGUAUUCUGAAACUAGAAACUGAACCAGUUUGUUUCUCCUAGUCACCAAGCAUACUUUCCUCGCUCCCCGAGUACUUAAAUGUUCUCAUCUGUCGCACCCCUGUAUUUGCCUCACCCCUGCAUGGUCUGAAAUCUUCGUUUCAGGUCAGAGCAGCCUGGGGUCUGUGGGUAAAAUCAGCGCUUCUCCCAGGCCUGUGCACACACCCCCUCAGCACUCCCUAUGCACUUUCCUGACACGCAAAGACACAGCCCUCUUUCCCCAGUGGGGGUCCUACCCCAGUGAGGUUGAAGGCAGCAAUUCCAAGAAUCCCUCCAACCUCCCUGCCAGCACUCCCCCUUCACCCCACACCCGGCCCCCCCAACUAACCACAGCGCCUCUCCAGACCUACCUCGGAACCUAAUGUUCUCUGCACGAACUGCUCAUUUGGAGGACAGCAGUGAGGUCCUGCCAUAGAGCAAAUGUGUUAGGAGAGAAGGUUUCACAUGGGACCCACCAUCCUUCAUCAAUACUUUCCAGAGUUUGAUCAUCCAUUUAGCCUUGACAAACAGCAGACCCUACAGAAAUGUGUUGGAGAGCACGUCGUGACCUUGGGGUCAAGGAAUCCAGAAAGGAAGAUAUGAAAGGAGGGGUGUCAACAGCGAGGGCUCUUAGGGGUCAGGCACCAGCAUGGAGACCUCAUGACAAAGGAAGGGACUCAAAGCAGCAAUGCCCCUCAUAGUGUAGGCUAAGGUGAGUUUGGUGCAUGCAAACCUGUGUGCUCAGAGAGCAUGGAGUAAUGGUGUGUAGACACAAGCCCUCUGCAGAAGCAUGGGGUGGGGACACUGACAGCCCCUAUGUGGUCCCCAGGAACAUUCUACCAUUUCUGCCACUGGUAUUCAGCUCCUUCUCUUCCCCCAACACUCCCAAAGAUAGCCACAGAAAGUCCAGCCAGUCUGUAGGUAGAGGAUGCCCCCAGUUGGUCUUGGGCUGCAUUCAUCCUCACAUCACAGCACCUUAAAUCUAAUCAGCAAACUAUAAUUUAUACAUUGAAACCUGCAACACAUUAGAAACUUAUAUUUAACGACAGAAUUAAUCACACUGACCAACUUUUAAAUGGAAAAUAUGUAAAUAGGAAGUGUUUGGGUUAUUUUGUUUUUUCUUUAAGAAAUGUACACAACUCCUCAUGUGCCAUUUUGUCCUCAGAGGGCGGCUUUACUUUUUUUGGUAAAGGAACAAGCUGCUGGCCUUGACCAGGAGUUCGUAUAUAACUGUUAUUACAGAGGAAUUGUUAUAACUACUAAUGUUUUUAAAAAAUCUAUUAAACAUUAUUAAACUUGAUCAGUUCAGGCCAAAUAAAGUUUUAUUGGAACACA